AUUUGCAGAUUCUGACAUCUGCUGAAGUUUCCGAAACUCGUUCAAACAUAUCACCACCUGUUGGGGAGGAGCAACUAUAUGUCGACAUUAAAGUCAUCAAAUGCUCCUGCGGAUAACAUACAGGCAGGUGGUCUUGUUGACAGUCCGGAGAAAAGUACUACCUCAGCUCGCGUACACCCUCCGGUCACAACCAAUAGUAACCCUGGAUCGUUGGAGGAAAUACAUCGGAAAUGUCGCGAAAUAUUCCCAAUGUGCUUCGAUGGAGCAAGGAUGAUGCUCACGAAAGCAAUGUCUUCACAUUUUCAGGUGACCCAUACGUUAAGUAUAUCGCCGCAAAAUACGGGAUAUCGUUUUGGUGCUACCUAUGUUGGAACUAAGGCAACGCAACAAGAAGGCGAAAGUUUUCCUGUGUUUUUGGCUGACACUGAUAUUUCUGGUAACACUUCUGCAACAUUUUUGCAUCAGUUUGGCGAUCGAUGGCGGGUUAAAAUGCAAGCCCAAACUCAAGGGAAUAAGUUGGCGACAACGCAAGGAGGAAUUGAAUAUCGUGGUCGUCUUACAACAUUGGGGUUAACAUGUGCCAAUAUAGACAUCAUCAAUGAUUCUGGAGUUAUUGUUGCACAGUACCUACGACGCAUAACUAAAAAGCUUGAUCUAGGUGUCGAAUUCAUCCAUCAAUAUGGAAUUCCUAUUCCUGGAAGGCAACUUUCAGUUGUAAACUAUCAGGCAAGAUAUACGGGUAAAAAUUUUAUUGCAAGUGGAAUGUUCAGCUUUGACGCCCUUCAUUUAUGUUACUAUCAUAAACAGCGUGAAAAUAUUUCAUUUGGUGUCGAAUUCGAAAGUUCGACGCGAUCUGGAGAGGCAGUUACUACUAUUGGUUAUCAGGCUGAGAUCCCGGAUGAAGGUGUUAUAAUGCGAGCCUCAUUGAAUACUGAUUGGUCAGUUGGGGCAGUAUUUGAGAAGAAGCUUUCUAGAAAUCUGCCAUUCACAUUGGCUAUAUCCGGAAUGCUCAACCAUGUGAAGGGGCAGGGGAAGUUUGGCAUUGGCCUUAUAAUCGGUUAAUUAGUAAGCAGCUGAUUGCUUUAAAUCUCAAGUGGUAGUCGGUGUACCUGAAAUUGUUGUGUCAUUUGGAAUUUUGCAAUAGAUUUCGCCAUUUCGGCCCAUCUAUUUAAUUAGCACCGUCCAAAGGGCAACAAUAUGUUUAUCUUCAUAACUAGAUGAAACUUUUUAGUUUGUUCAUUUCAUAUGCUAUAUUUGACAGCAGUAAUGGUUUCGGCUUAACCAAUCCAUUAAUUGCAGUCAAGUUGCCUUUUUAGAUGUGUUUCUAUAGCUUCUUGAAGAUUUUUGGAAACUUCCGGUACAAUUUUAUUUUCCCAGGAUUUUGCUAUCCUUAAUUCUAAUGUGGAUCAAUUUUUUGC